AGGGGCUCCGAGGGGACCGAGGCGCGCAAGGUGAGACCGCACGGGUUCGCAAGGCUCAGAUGGGGUAGAUGUCCAGUCCGUGGCGAGGCUCGGCUAAUGCGGCCGAGUGAACGGCGAAAAGUGCAAGUCCGCCUCUACCGGUCUGCUGGGGCUGGGGAGAGGGCAGAAGAGGGGGAGAGGGUGCGAGGAGACGGGGGAGGCGUCCCCCAGAUCCUCUCCACGCGGGCGGAUCUGGGCUCUAAGACCAAGAGGAUCGGUCAGCGCCUGCAGACCAGGCCACGCGUUCGAGCAAGGCAUCCGUCCUAACACCCUUUAAGAGUCCGUGGUAACACCCACCCCCCGGAGGUCCUCGUGAGAUCUCGGGGGUCUCACCGCCCUCGAGCGCCUCCCGCGCCCUGCCGGACCCCGGAUUGCAUCGCUAGAGGCUGUUCCGGAUGCUGCGAGUAGUGACCAGCUUAUUCAUUGGAGCUGUGAUCCUGGGUGCAAGCCUCCUGGAUGCAUCGCUCCAACCUUCCUAACAUAUUUAUUCAGAGGAAAGCAGCCAUGAAUUUCAGUUCUGAGUGGUCUGUGGGCCAGGUCAGCACCAACACAUCAUACAAGGACUUCAGUUCGGAAUGCAUCAGCACCGCUGUUGGGCUGCUGCAGAUUGGGCUGGGAGGAGUCAACAUCACGCUCACAGGGACCCCAAUGCAGCAGCUGAACGAGACCGGCUAUUACAACAAGGAGUCCACCUGGCGCCUGGGGGAGAACUACGCCGAGGAGUAUGCCAAGGCACUGGAGAAGGGGCUGCCAGACCCCGUGCUCUACCUGGCCGAGAAGUUCACCCCACACAGCCCGUGUGGCCUGCAUGGCCAGUACCGCCUGGCGGGACACUACACCCCGGCCACACUGUGGGUGGCAUUCCUCUGCUGGCUGCUGGCGGAUGUGAUGCUGUCCAUGCCUGUGCUGGUCUACGGUGGCCACGUGCUGCUGGCCAUGGGUGUCUUCCAGCUGUUGGGACUGCUCUUCUUCUCCACGGCCAUGUCACUCACCCUGCCCUGUCCCCUACGCUUGGGCACUGCCACACUGCACACUCACCGUGGGCCUGCCUACUGGAUCACAUUGACCACAGGCCUGCUCUGUGUGCUGCUGGGCCUGGCCAUGGUGGUGGCCCACAGGCUGCAGGCUUUCUUCAGCACUGUGGGAGAGGACCCUGUCCUGGAGUGGGAUCCUGAGGAAUGGGGACUCCUGAGCCCUCGCUACAGGUCCACAGCUGAGAGUCUCGAGCCCCAGGACAUUCCUCUGUCAGAGGCUUCCUCUGAGGUGCCCUGUGAGGAGUCUGACUUGCCCUGGAAAGUUCAUCUCCCUGGUGGCCACCCGGACUUCCAAUCUGGCUCCAGACUUCACUGGAACCCCCCUCCAAAACACCACCAGAACUGCCUGCAGGAUGGGUUGUAUCAGGUUCCCAGCCCCAAUGUGUAGGUGGAGUAGGAAAAGAGGCUCUACCUAUUGAUGAUAAAACAUGAAACAAAACAAAAAGCCCUAAGGCAGAUGUUGGGGCUGCCAUAAACCCUGCUGCCAUGUGUGAUGAGACCAAGCAGGGGCUGCCCCUCCUUCUGCCCAGCUACCCUGCCCUCCCUUGGGGCUUUGCCUCUUCGAGGUGCCAUUUACUGAAACCCAGCUCCACCCACAUGAUGACAAACGUGUACGGGGGGCUUACAGUGCGAUUCUCCCAUGUUCCCUCUCAUCCCUCUGCAUCUCUUGUUUUCCUUUUUCCUGGCUCCCUUUUGUUCUCCCUUCACUUCCCCAGCUUUUGUGAUCUCUUGGUGCAAUGAACGUACUGCGAGGGAGGAGAGACCAAACUUCUUGUUCUAGAUCUAAUAUUAACCGAUUGUGCCCCAUUCUCUCUGAGCGUCAGUUCUCAAAUCUGCCAAAUAAGACUGUAGGACUUGCCAAGGACCUAAAACAAACAAACAAAAAAUCCCGGGGUUUACAGCUUUAUGCCUUGCUGACAUUUACCUCGGCCCUCAGACAC